CCUCACUAGCUAGCCCAUUCUUACUUCACUGCAAAAACUCUCAAGUAGUAUCCCUUUAUUUUGUCAUUGUUACAUGUGAAAUUUUAUCAUCUUAAUUACUUACAAAAAUUGAAAUGUACACCUAUUCUUCUAACUCCAUGGAUCUUCUUCAUCAUCAUCUUCCCACUCACUUUUCCCUUAUUCUCCUAUUAUUAAUCAAUACCCUCAUUUGAGAAUUUCUCCCAAAAAAAAAACCCUAAAUUCAAACCACAUAAUAUAACACAUUUGGAUGUCAAACAUGAAGAAUAAUGCAAGUAUUGUUGUAGAGGAAGGAGAAGACACAUGGGUCACAAACUGGCCACCAAGGUCAUAUAGUUGUACCUUUUGUAGGAGAGAAUUCAGGUCAGCUCAAGCCCUUGGUGGUCAUAUGAAUGUCCACCGCCGUGAACGUGCCCGUGCCAGCCUCCACCACCACCACCACAACAACAACCACCACCACAACCACAACCAGUCCAAUAUCCAAACCCAAGUCGGGUCCACAACCACCACUAGUCCAACAUCCCUUUUCUAUGAACUUGCGGCUACUUCUAGCAGGUACACUAAUUAUAAUGUUAAUGAGAUUUCACAAGAGGUUGUUAAGAUUGAUAAUGAUGAGGAAGAUGAAGAUGAAGCACCCAUUGAAGAACUCGAUCUCGAGCUUCGAUUAGGACAUAUACCACCUGAGAAAUUGUUUGAGAAGAAUAAUACUAAUGUGUCUGUUCUUAAUUUCAGAUGAUAUAUCGAUCAUUGUGGGAUUUUCUAGUUUUUCGUCUAAUAUGAUUUUAUUACAUUUUAUAAGCAUAUGUUUCCUAUUUUUAAUUUGUUUGAUUUUGUUUGUUUUUCCUGUUGCAAGACUAGCAUUAUACGAAGUAUAUGCUUAUAACUUGUUGGAAUAAUUUUUUUUUUUUGAUAUAAAUAUAUGAUGUUAGACCAAUUUUAUUUAAUA